AUGUGCUUAGAGGCUAUUAGGUCAGGUGACUUAAUCCAAAGAGCUGCAGAAAAAAGGUAUACUAUACCUAGAUCUACGAUAAAGAACAAACGUAAAGAGACUUAUACAAAAAAUGUAGAACGUGUAAGAAUCUUUAGUGAUGAAGAGGAGCAUGUUUUCGAACAACAUCAAUUAAAAUUAAAUAGAAUUAAAAUGCCAGACUAUGGGUUCCCUCUAGUUGAAAUUGAUUUUGGUUAUGCAGUUAAAAGCUAUUUGGACAAAAAAGGUGGACACAUUUCCUUCUUAAAAAGACAUGAAAAUCUGACUCUUAGGAUAAGUUCCAAUAUCAAAAAGGUCAGAGCCGAAGUACAUGUUUCUCUCAUCGAAAAUUACAUUGAUAAUCUCAAAGAAGAGGUUGAAGAUGUUCACCCAAAUAAUAUAUUCAAAUACGAUGAGACGAACCUUACUGACGACCCCGGGAACAAAAAGGUUAUCUGGAAGGAAGGAGCAAAAUACGUGGAUAACAUUUGCAAUUUAAGUAAAAGUGCAACAUCAAUAUUGAUGCCUGGGAAUGCUGCAGGUGACCUCUUGUCCCCAUAUUUUAUCUAUAGAGCUAAGCACUUGUGUUCCACAUGGACUGAGAAUGGUCCUGAAGGAACUCGAUGUAACCACUCUAAAAGUGGGUGGUUUGAUGCAGUAUGCUUCGAUGAUUGGUUCCAGUUACCAGGUGUUGAAAAUCUAGAUGGUCCUAAAGUUAUCAUUGGAGAUAACUUAUCUUCUCACAUGAGUUUGCAUGUGCUUAAGCCCUGUGAAAAGAAUAAUAUAAGGUUCGUUUGCGUCCCUUCGAAUUCAACACAUUUAACGCAACCAUUGCCUUCUUUGGACCAAUGA